UCACAGGUCACCGAUGAUGUGGUUCCUACGUGACUACAAUCAACCUUUUACCUGACCACCAAGGGGCACCGGGUGGGUAUGGAUGAAAUUGAGGAUGGUUGUGUGAUGGCGGCGGCCCUGGUGCCAGAAGUGAAAGUUAUCCCUGAGGACGAUGGGGAUGAUUUUAAUGCCACCUAUGGGGACCCUUCGAGUUUAGCGGGCAGCUCUCUUUUAGGAGCCACUGGAGGUACUCACGGUUCACUCUUGGCCCCUCCACCUCGUUUCCAGCCUGAAGAUGAAGACGACGACCAGGGCUGGUUGGAUCUUACUGAUAGCACCACUUAUCUGGAGUGCCCAGAUCUCCUCCACACCUACACCUCCCUCAGGCCACGCCUCUCAUACAGGUAA